AUGAUGUGGUGCGGAUGCACUCAUUCCCCGGCUAGUAAGGAUUGCUUUACAUGGACUCGGGUCAUGAGUUGCCACAUUGCUCAAAUAUCAGGGCCUUUGAAGCAGUGCCAAGCCAUGGCCAAGCAAGUGCGGGUGAUGCGGGCAGUGGAGCAAGUGAAUCAGAGCUGGAGAUUCCCCUUGCCAGGGCCCCCACAGACACAGCUGCGUGCCGGUGGAGAGUUUUGUGCCAGAUCCGCAGCGCCGCCAGUUCAUGAACUUGCUACCUGUGGUACUUUGUGCCUUCGGUGUCCGGCGGUAGCCGUGGUCCGGUGCUGGUGGCGUGGAUGGCAACCCUCUAAGGCUGGAGGGCUGGGUCACGAGCCACAAACCCAACGACAGACAACAUCAAGGACUUCGCUGUGCUGUCCGCGUGCACGCACCUUGGCUGUGUGGGUGCCAACAAGCCACAGCUCCCAGUACGAUGAGAACGGCAAGGUGGUGCGAGGCCCCGCGCCGCUGUCCUUGGCGCUGGCCCACACCACCGUCUCGGACGGCAAGCUGGCCCUCACUCCGUGGCUUGAGAAGGACUUCCGCACCGAUGCAGAGCCGACGUGGAAAUGA